UUGCAAGGGAAGGAAAAGGCGACUCUUGCGUUCUGGCUGCAAAGAUUCGCAGCUGAGCGAGAUGUAGCAGGUCACGCUAAAUACCGCAUCCGAAAAGGUGCAACUGAGCCAAUACUUGACACACCCCUCCUUACAGUAGUUCUCAACGUCUUAGCUCCGUCCCGUAAGGACCCUUGUACGUCCAUGUGGUCUUUGUGGCGGACACCACACGCGCUUGAGAAGCUCCCAGGUACCGCUGUGCGCAGACGCAGAAGCUAGCCAUGUCAAUCAGCCUGACCCAGGGGCGGUUCUUCGCUAUCCAGAAGACGGAAGCUCACAACAGGAAACACAUCUCAGUACUCAACAAGAUAGAGAAGAAACGGACAGAUUUUCUAACCAGGCAACUAGAGAAAACAAGGCAAGCGGAAGAAUACCGAGUCAAACAACAACGCCAAAAGCUGACCAAGUCCUUAUCGAAGAUAGAGGGUCUGCGUCGUGGACUGAUGCGGAAAUUAUCCCUACAAAGUCAAGGUCAAAAUCCAUACGAGGGAGACAUGAGUUCCAACUACGGUAGGUACGGGGGAAUGACCUUGGACGCCAUCAAGAAGGACACCGACCGUUGGUUCAAACCCAAGGAUCCAAAAGUCGAACGGAUGAAAAAAUCACAAGAUCUUCUACGAGAAGGACGUAGGGACGGACGAAUCAUUGCAUACGAGUCCCUUCCCGCCAUUUUGUCUCUCCCCGAGCAAAGGAAAGAAGAGGAACGAAAGAAACGAGAGAAAAAGAGAGAAUUAUUACCGGAAACACCCGAGAAGGCCCCCGAGUACGAUCCUCUCCCGAAGGAAGCCGAAAAAACACGAAGCGGCCACUUCGAGACUGUUCGGAAAAGACGACGGAGCUCGGUAAGCCCGAAGCUGAAACUUCCUCCACUCAAAGAUUUCAACGAGAUGAAAAAGGAAGACGCCUUCAGUUUUUUGAAACCACGAGAUGAUCAUGAAGACGGUUUGAGGUUUCCUCCGAUAGGAAACGGACAAGAAACUGAAGUAAACACAGGAAAGAGAGACGCUGCGACUGAAACUGAUCUUCCUCCAUUAAAAAGCCAUAAAAGUGGAAAAGGGAACCACAAGUCUAAAGCCAAACAAUGGAACAAAGGCGCGCACGGUGUCUUACCACCGGUCAUUGAAAACUGAUUAUGCUCUAAACAGGUGUAUGAAAAUUUAUAUUGGAACUAUAAUAUUGCCAGCCAGAAGUAGUAUCUUGUAUGUUUUUGUCAAAAUUCCAUGUAAUGGAAAUGUAGUUUUUGAAAUCCACUUAUUCAUUUUGACUGAAGAUGUGUUGAUGAUGAAAUGAUUUAAUAUAUGAAUAUAUAACUGCAUAGCAAAUGCUGCUGCUAAUAUUACGUUACAUGCUGAAAAGACCCAGUUUUUGUUUUAUGUCAAAAUCUAAAUCGACGAACACAAUUUU